UUAGUUCAAAAUUUACUUUGACUGUUGAAGGUUGUGCGUAUUGAGUGCGUGAAAAAGAAAAAAAAAAUUGUUUUUCGAAUAUAAUUUUAUAUUUAAAAUAAUAUAAGUUAUUCAAUCCGAAUAACUAAGUUUAUAUCGAGUUAUCAUCAAAAAGUAUUGAGCCUGAUUAUUAAAUUAAAAUUUAAGAACUUAUUACAACUUUUUGUUCGUUGGCUGUUGUAUUUAUCUCUGUUACCCAAACGUCUUGAAUACAUCUCGUCUCUCUUUCAAUCUGACAUUUAUCCGACAUUUUGAGAAAAUCAAGUGGAUUUCUUUUACAAAAAUAAAUCUCAGUGUGGUACAGUUAGUUGGAAACUAAUUGGAUUUUUUAUUCAUCUUGAGAACAUAAAUAUUGAAAUUUCUAUCAUAAAAAAAUAUCAAAACAAAGUGGAAAUUAUUUUUGAAAAAGUGAAAAACCAUAACCUUAAAAUUUGAGAAAAACAGAUAAAUGAAAUAUUGGAGCAUUUUUAUUUGACUGGUGUAAUAAAGCUUUUUCAAAAAGCUUUUCUUAGCAAAGAAAAAAAAAACGAAAAACAACGAAGAACUAAAAACCGUGAACUUGUGGCUUUUAUUUUAAACCAAGUUUUCAAUUUAUUUAACACAAAACAAAACAAAAAAUUGCUUAUUUAGCAAUUAUUUUCAUGAACAUUGUUGGCAAAUUUGCUAUUUUUUAUUAAAUAAAUAAGUUUUGGUGGUCAAAGUCACCACUACCACCAAUUAAAUAAACAAUACAAGACAACAAACAGUAGAAGCCGAAAAAAUGACUGCACGUGUAUUGAACCCAGUUGCUUUGACGGAGUUUUGCAAAAUGCGUUCACCAGCCAGUCUUUCGAUGAGCAGAAAUCUUCCCUGUGGACGGCAGGUAAACCGCAUCAAAAGGGAUUUGUUUGGAGCAGCAAAUCCAGUAGAGACAAAAAAAGUAUUCAAUGAUGAAAUCGAACGACACCAAGAUAAAGCAAGCAAAAAGUGGGGCUUUGACUUCCGCAGUGGCAAUCCCCUUGUAGCUGGUAAUACACAAUUCAUCUGGGAACGUGUACAAUUCUCCGAUUUCCUACCAGAAAUGUACACACUCAGUCGGGCUGCCCAUGUGCGUGAAGUACCAAAUGCCACAUCUUAUGAUCUACUAAUGGAUGAACGUGCUGAUCGUGAGAAUAAUUCAUCGUCAGCCGUUGAAACAGAUUCAUGUGAUGAUUCGCAGGACGAAUCAAUGAGUGUAUUCAAAGCACCUACUGCAUCAGCUGCUCCAUCAACAGUCGCUGCAGCGUGUAGGACACUGCGUAAGCGUCAACCCAAGAUUACAGAAUACAUGAAAGAACGCAAACGUCUAGCACAGACACCCAAAAAGGUCUCGCCAGCAAAACGUGCCCGCACAACAAGCAGUAGUAGCACAAGUUCGCUAUUAAAUUCGUUAAGAAGUCUUCAGAGGAAUCACUAAAUAAAUAUAACUGCAAUUAAUAUAUAAAUAUUAUAUACAUAAAAUACGUUUCCUUAAUUUUCCAUACAUGCACCUACACAAAAAAAAAACUCAAUCCCUUCAUAUUAACUAUGUAUAAUUAAUAACCUUUUUGAUACAACCUCAUGGCCAUAUACUAAGUGAUUAGUAGUUACGUACAUACUUUUUCUAUAAGUAUUCUCACCUUAUUACAAUGAACACAUAAACAUUUUUUUAAUAAGAAAUAUUAAGAAAAAUCAACAUUUAUCAUAAAAAAAUUAAAAUAAUUAUGUUUUUAAGUUUUUUUUUUCUAGCUGUAAAUUGUAUUUUCUUUAAAUUGAUAGUUACAAAAUUUCCAUGCACUGCUCACUGGGGUGUUUGAAAAAAAAACAUCAUUUAAGAAG